CUAUAUUGGCCAUUGCCAUUGGGCAUAUUGGCCAAAAUCAAAAUUACAAGUUGAAUGUUGCAGUGUUUAAUUUAAAAACAAGCUGGUUGGAUAUAUUGAACGCACUUAAAAUUAUAAAAAUCUUUGUCUUUUAAAAUGCAGAUAGUCAUAAUGAAUAUGCAAAUAACUAUCCGGAAACAAAUUCUUAGAGUGAUUAUAUUUCACUAUCCCAUAUUGCCACUAUAAACAACGUUAACCGUAUCGUAGUCGUAAGGUUUGUAUGAAGCGCUUCUAGACUAAAGUUCAAAUACAUCAUCUUCCGCAUGUAAAAUCUGGUCACAUUAAUUAAAGGAGAAAAUGUCUGAGGAACAAAUUACGAUCAUCAAUUCAAAGGUGAGACGAAAUGUUUAGCCAGAUCUAGACAGAAGUAUAUUUAACUUCCUGCAAUUCUAUAAUCAAGAAGAAUGUCAAUCCUUCCUUUUGAAACUGUAUGUGUAUUGUCUUUACAAACGCAUGUAUUUUUACGACAUGAAGAAAUAAUUGUAUUGAAUCAGUUAUUCAGUUAAUAUCAGUUCUACAUUGAAAGUCCAAAUUCAAUAAGUAAUGUUUACAAAACGAGCGGUUUGUGGCUCGUAGGCUAUAGAGGUUUAUUUAACCUUUUAACUUAGUGUUUAGGUCACAGAGCUGACAGAGGCUUACACUGUUUCGUUUAUAAAUUAUAAAGUUGCAUGCAUCAUGCAUGUUACCUUGGUAACUAACUAAUUUGUCUUGGUAAUUCGGAAUGGAUAGGUAUAUGUUUUCAAUUGAUCGAUGCUUUUAUGCUAUUCUAUUCAAUUGUUAUGUAUAUGUAGACAAUGUCUAUGUAUUCUUGGUUUGCACAUGACGUCAUGCGGCCAUGUUAGAGAAACGCCAACAAAAGAACAUCAUUAGCAGCUAUUGUAUUUGGAACUCAGUUGUUUGGAAAGUUCUGCUUGUAUUUUUUGUAUGGUGUCAAAGAUUUUCUAAAUCAACGAAUUGUUUUUCCGAGUUUUCGGAAUGAAUUUCUUGCUCGUUCAUCGACGCAAAGAUCAAUAUCUUUUCUCUUUGUUAUUUUUUUUUCGGUUAGUAUUUCGUCAGUAAAAUCAGUUUAGGUUAAAAAACUCAGAGUUAAAACAAAACGCAUUCUAAAUGCAUGUUUCUAAUACUUUCUAUCACUCUCAUUUAAAUCCAUUUUAGCCCGCAGUUGAUUUAUUCAUUUUAGCCCGCAUAAUAUACCACAAAACGUAUGAAGACCUUAAUCUAAAUGCAUGUUUCCAUCGACCUUAUUCCAAAUGCAUUAUUUCAAGACCUUAUCUACAGUAAUUGCGUGUUUCUAUCACGCAGCUAAUUUAUUCAUUUUAGCCCGCAUAAUAUAUCACAAAACUUAUGAAGACCUUAGCCGGACUCUGCCUCACAUCGUAUAGCUAAGUGGAAGAGGGACAUAUAGUUCACAUGCAUGUAUAUCGUUUACCGGUACUUGGCGUUCUUGCAUGGUUGGUUGCAGCCAACCAAGUGUCACAGCUGCCAUUCGCUGAAAGCCUGGCGUAUCUGAAGAUUCGCUUCGAGAAAAAUAAUGUGAAAAGAAAAUAAUGUGAAAAGAAAACAAGAUUCACAGGGACGAAACUUGAGGGGGGUAUGGGGGGGGGUGACACCCCCAAAAUACGUCUGGAUUGGCAGAACGAAUCAUCUGGAUUGGCAGGGCAAUCAAAGAUUUUAAAUGAUAGAAUGUAGAGUUAUUAAGUAACUUACAGGGCUUUCGGAGGGAAUUGAGUAGAAUUUAUAGACCUAAAUUUUACAGAUUUUGGUCCAAAAAUAAGGGUUUCACCCAUGUUUUAACAGGAAUUUGUACGGAAAAAAUUUUUGACCCUUAAUUUAACUGGUUUAUGUCCGGAAAAAUUUUUUCGACCCACCGCUCGCCAACAUUUUUGGGAAAAAUAGUGGCCAGAAACAGUAACAAUUUGCUGCAGGACAUCAUCGGUUUUGGCAGGGCAAUUCUGGCAGACACCCCCGGAAUUAAAAGGGGCUAGUUUCGCCCCUGAAGAUUCAUGGCGAGAAAAAGUAAACCUGAUUGCUUCAAAUGAGUCUAGAAAUAAAAGUAAAAAUGCAAAAUUUAAUAAGCAUGAUGUGGACACAUCCGUUUCAACUGACCAUGAAAAGGAUGUUUUGGCUGGUUGAAUGCCAAGGUUUGAAAACGAAAAUAAAAAUCGUGUUGUUCGCACUGAUGGUUGUUCGCUACAGGAAAGAUCGAUAACAAUUUGUAAAAGAUGCAUGAGAAUUGGACAGGGAAACAAUGGUUCUAAAGACAUUUUCAUUUACCAGUGAAGCUUUCUGAUCAACUAAGAAUGGUGAUCAGGACCCUGUGAAAAGACGGCUAGGGAUGAACUUCAAAAAUAUUGUGUCCAACCAACUUUGACGGAUUAAUUGCUACACAUAUUACGCUGAGCCACUUAAGGGAGCGGUCAUACAGUAACUGCUAGGAUGGGCCGGAGGAAAUAAGGAUGGGCCAUGAAAUUAUUUUCAUCAGUUUGGGUGGGUCAUCAAUUUGUUUUUUGUGCAAAUGGAUGAGCCAUGAAACACAUAUAGCCUGUUUGCACUCAAUACAUACUAUAACUACUACACAACAUUCCUAUUAAAAGAAUCAAAUUCAAUAUAACUGACAAAAAUAGAUUUAAAGUGAAUUCAAAAUGAAAUAAAAACAUAAUCCUGUUAUUGUUAAUAGUUCAGUUCAGUAAUGGCAUUAAUAUUUUGUCACAUCUACCAGGCAUUGAUUUUUAAAUAUCCACAUCACCCUUCCUCAGAAUCAGAUUCUAAUGACAUAGAGGUCGGACUGAGGAGAUGAUAUUUCCAAUGAUUUUUUAACAAAAAAUAUUUUGACUUGUUACUUGUUUUUGUUUCUCCAAUUGCUGCUAUACUGUACAUCAGUAUUCAUGUAUAGCAGAAAGGGUCGUGGAAUUUUUUCCAAUGACCUACGAUGGGCUUUGAAAUUUUUUCUAGGCUCUCAGGAUGAGCCAUCGUUUUUUUUUGGAAAACCUAUUUUUCCCUCCGGCCCACCUUAGCAGUUUAUACUUUAUGACCAGCCUACCAAAUAUUAAGCAAUCGAAAUAUAAUUGUGCAAAUUUUAUUUUAUUGAUAUGUUGUAGUGAUUUCACAUUUUCACUUAUUCGUAAUUGUUGUAGUUCGUACAAAUAAUAACAACUUUUGAGCAUUUCAUUUUUGCUUCCAGUGUAUAUAUAGCUAUACCAAUAUCUCGGAUCUGUAUGACGAAGUUCUUCACAUUCCCCCUAUCGGACGUUCCGAUCACCAAUGUUUGAUCUUACCACCCAAAACAAGACAGAAGAUGCCCCCCGUUUCAAAGAAAUAUCGACAAAUGAAACCAGAAAACUUAAACGUUCUGGGAUUGAAACUGAAUCUUGAAGACUGGGAGAAAAUAUAUUCCGAAUGGGAUGUGGUUGACAAGGUCUCAGUCUUUAACUCUAUCGUCAUCUGUAUGCUUGAUGAAGCCAUACCCGUGAGAACAGUUCGCGCACACUGUACGAACAAACCCCCAAUAUUAAAGCGUUGAUAAAAGCAAGACAGAGAGCAUUUCCGAAAGGGGAGACACCGAAGUAUAAAGGUUUGCAUGCAAAAGUCACCAAGCUGAUGUCCAACGCUAAAGCUAUACGUACUACAAAUCCAAGGCUGAAGGCAGCCAUCAAUCCAAUCCCGCCAAAUGGUAUAUAACGAUUUACAAGCUAGCGGCAGCAACCGAAGAUCAACAAUCUCUGUCCUCGCCUGACCACGCUGACUUAAUGGCAAUCGCUGACAGACUACAAAGAAGUUUUAUUAAGCCUUGGCUAGACAUUCAACCAGAUCCUCCGAGACUUCAUGCGGUAGAGCAUUUGCUCAAGGACAGCCACCCACCUCUACCAUCCAUUGGCCAAAUCAAAACCGUCCUAAAACACCUAAAUCCUAGGAAAGCCACUGGGUCGGAUAAUAUCCCUGCAUGGUGUCUUAAACGGUACGCAGAAGAAUUAGCACCAGUGGUCCACGAUAUUGUGGUUGCAAGCAUAAUUCAAUGCAAAUAUCCCACCUCCUACAAACAUGCAAUCAUCAGUCCCAUACCAAAGAUCCGUCCAUCCACAGACCUAGAUAGUGACUUCCGCCAAGUUUCCGUGCUGCCACAACUAGCAAAAGUUAUCGAGAAGCUACAGCUCCAACUCAAUAAAUCCAGUUUCAAGAUCAAAACAAACCAGCACGCCUUUACGAGCGGUCACUCAACCGUGUCUGCCCUUACCUCCAUAUCUCAGAACUGGUUCGACUCAACGGACAACUCCUCAACCGGUAGACAAGGUGUCCACGCCCUAUUUGUUGAUUUCCGGAAGGCGUUUGACUUGGUCGACCAUAAGAUCCUCCUGGACAAGCUUGCUGAUAUGAAUGUAACAAGGAGUUUGGUUAUGGAUAAUGAGUUUUCUGGAGGGAAGAACACAACAGGUAAAUCUCCAAGGUGUACUAUCCUUUAUUGCAUCAUGCCCAGCCGUCGUCCCUCAGGGAUCUGCUAUCUCGCCGACCUUAUUCAACAUACAUAUUAACGAUAUGGAGGAAAAUGUUUCUGAACAGGCAUGUGUCAACACAACCAAAUAUGCGGACAAUUGCACCAUGGAUACGUGCAUAAGAACAGGAGAAUCUAGCGAUUUGCAAAGCGCUCUGGACUCAGUGCAAAGUUGAGCUGUGGAAAAUAAGAUGGAACUGAAUGCCAAAAAGACAAAAGAUAUGUGGAUUAACUUCACCGAAACACCGCCCCCUCUACCACUGCAUAUAGGAGAUGCUAUCAUAGAAAGAGUCGAUAAUUUCAAACUCUUGGGAACCUGGUUUCAAAAGGAUCUGAAAUGGAAUAAACAUGUCGAGGAGACCACUCGCAAAGCAGCUAAAAACUUGUAUUGCCUAAGAGAAUGUAGAAGAGCGAACCUACCAGUCGAAGUGGGUCUCACCACUUAUUUAACUAAAAUCAGGCCUAUCCUUGAAUAUUGUUCUCCAGUGUGGGGUGGUCUGCUACGAUAUCUAAAGGACGAUUUGGAACGUGUGCAAAGGAGGAGUCUACGAAUUAUUGGCCUCCCGCAUGGUUACCUGCCAACUCUCGAAGUGAGAAGAAUUGAAGCCACAUCGAGAUAACUCGAUACUAUCUUAGGUGAUCCAAGUCAUAAUUAUCUUUUAUCAACGAAUCAACGAACUAGCUAUGGAACAUAAUAAACAUAACUAUAAUCUUAGGCGUAGAGACGGUAUAUUUAAAUACGCACCUUUUUCAGGCACUGAACGACACAGAAAUAGUUUUAUCCCAUGAGCAAUGAGACAGGGGUUGCAUUAAAACUUAACUUGGUUUUUAUUAACUUUUACUAAUUCCCUAGACUUUUAAAUUUUUACUCCAAAUUGUACAUAUAAAAAUUUCCGAUAGUUUGUAAAUAUUAUUGCAUACCUAGUUAUGCUCUUCUCUUUUAAUAGACAUUGUUGUAAAUCCAUUGUAUUUUUAAACUAAAGAUGGAUCAAUAAAAUCAUCAUCACUAUCAUAAUUAAAAAUUAUUUAUUAAUGCAUGUCUACUAAUUAACAAAUAUAAAACAUUUUCCGUGUUGAUAUACAGUUAUAUCAACACGACGCCCGAAGGGCGGAGAGUUUUCACACAAUUUUGAGUUUUCCCAAUUUCCACGAGUGUUGAUAUAACUGUAUAUCAAUACGGAAAAAAAUGUUUUAUAUUUGUUUUAUAAUAUAGCACAAAGAAACAUAAAGAAAGAAAUUUUCCGACGUUUCCGUGUUGACAUUGAGUUAUAUCAACAAGGUCUUAGCCAAUCAGCGUUCAGAAUUUACAAAUGCUAUAUUAUAAUUUCAAAUAUCACUUUUGUCAGAUAACUGAUAAUUCAUCUCUAAAUAUUCCGAAUAAACAUCCAAUUCCUUUACCCUUACUAGCUGCAGGUGAUAGUUAAAAAUAUUUAUCUUUUAAUUAAAAAACCUAGAAAGAGUAUGACGACCUGGUUUCAAGCACAUCUGACGGCUUGAUAGUGGUGGAUUUCUAUGCAGACUGGUGUGGUCCAUGCAGACAAAUUGCUCCUGUAUACAAGGCAAGUAUAGCACUGAUACACUUAUUCCAUCCUUAAAUCAAAUCAAAUCAAUUUUAUUUCACACGUUUACAAAAGAUAUAGUUAGACAUUAAUUACAUCACAAAAAAAUCAUAAUGGAAGGGGGAAAAAAAGGGAGUUAAUUAUGGUAUUAUAUCGUGUACAGUGGCCAAAGUAGCUGAGAAGCUUUCGAGUUGGAUGCUCAGUUUGCGAACUUAGGUAAUCCCAGUGACACCGCCAGGAUUUUAUUUUGGAGUUGCAACUUAACAAUUUGUGUGUCACAAUUUUAGGGGAUCCAGGGACAUACUACCCCAGGAAAAAUGAAUUUUGAGGCUCUGAAACAGCAUUUCCUGCAUAGUGAAGGCAAUUGGAGAAAAAUGUAUAUGUCUUAAUAAAUUACCUUUUAACAGUGUCAAUAUUGACACUGCUAAAUAAGACAUUGGAGGGAGACGUCACUAGUUUAUUAAAUAUUUAUUUCAAGUCCACAGCGAUACAAAAACAACAUACAGUACUAAGCGUUACAAUAAGACUGUCUGUACCAGUGUGGGUAUAGUACCAAUGUGAAAUUGCUGUGUUGAGUGGUUAUAUUACUGCCUGAAAUAAACAAGCAGAAACUCGACGUUUCGAGCGAAAGCUACUAACUCUUGACGAAGGGCCUUCGCUCGAAACGUCGAGUUUCUGCUUGUUUAUUACAGGUAGUAAUAUAACCACUCAGGACAGCAGCUUUAUUUCAGGUAUAGUAAUAUAAUUCACAAGCUCACUGCGACUCCUUUAAUCCAAUCACAAUGCUCGACAGUUUAGAUGCAAGCACUCGCAGCGAGCUUGCGAGUUGUUUUUUUGCAAUGAGUGGAAAAGAGCCUUAAGGCGGAUCUCCACUAGACGAUUUUUGAGACGAUCGUCAAAACAGUUAGCGACGACACAUGUGCAAUUGUCAAUUGGAAAAAAUGUUCGAAGAGCGAUCGUCUAGCGCUCGACGAAAAGUAGGAUUGUCUUCUACUUAAAGUCAAUCCCAAGAGUCAAUCCUACUUUUCGUCGAGCGCCAGAUGAUCGCCAAAUUUUUAACCAAUAAGAUUCCGCGCUUUUUUCUUGCUGCAAGAACAUCUCCACUUCUCUCUAAAUCGUUGCGAAUUUUUAUGACGAUCGUCAUAAAAAUAGUCUCAAAAAUGUCCAGAAGCAAAAUCAAAGUCUAAGGUCGUAACUUGCCUUUUUGCGCAGAUUGUAUUCUGAACUGAACUGAUUAUACGACACAUCACUUGGUUUCAAAUAAAAAAAGUUUGAAAUCAGAGGCCAGAGAAGGCCUGCGAUUUCGAGGUUAAUUACACAUGAUGCGAAAAUGACAUCAUAUUAAUUUGACCACUACAGUAGUAACAUUUUCACAGUAGUAACGUUUUACCGUCAUACUUUAUAUUUAUAGCGGUUUUCAAAAGAAUUUAAAAAGGUCAAGUUUGCUUCUGUCGAUGUUGAUGAGCAUGAGGUACGUAAUGAUGUUAUUUGUAUUGUACAAUGUACAGCAUGUAGUAUUUUGUUUGUGGUGUUAUGUACUCAAGUGAAGUUAUAUUUGAGAUGAUGCUCUCUGAGUAUAUUUAAGAUGAUGCUCUUUGGGUGUGUUCACACCGGGCAAUCUGAAAAUUUUGUUUGACUGCAGUGGAAAUCUAACCCGUGACCCAUGACCUUUGGUUUGCUAGUUUAAUACUCUACCGACUGAGCUACGUACAAGAUCAAGUUGGGUUCAAGUAAUAUAUGUUUAUGAAAUUUGUACUGUCUGUUUGAAUCACGUGUGUGUGAAAAUUCAGAUUUUAAAGGAUUUUAGAGUACACUAAGGAGUAAUUAAUUUAUAUAUGGAAUGUAUAUUGCAUUAUAAAAAUUUUUGAAUAUCACACAUUAUGGAAAACUGAUUAUUGUCGUAAUUGCCUGUGUCUGAGCAACUGGUACUUCUCAAAUUCAACAAGUAGCGUGUUCACUUUUGGGCGUUAAGCAUCCAACUUUGGAGCAUCCAACUUUGGAGCAUCCAACUUUGGAGCAUCCAACUUUGAGCAUCCAACUUUACCAUCUCUCUACGUUUCUGGCGUUGGUUUCAAGAACGGGCGUUGCCCAAAGAUUCAACAACUGAAAACACUUUGUGUCGUCAAAAGACAACAGAAAGUCAGGUUACUGAUUUAAGGAAGGCCGUUUAUGUACACCAGAAAAAGUUAUUCCAAGUAUUAAUCCUUGAGGAACACCGGAAGAGACUGGAAGCGUCUCCGAAAUCUCAGGAUUGAGUAUACACGCUGUUAUUGUCCUGCUAAAUUAAACCAUUUUAAAAUAUUGCCUGUAGAUCCAAAUAGACAGUUUAGAAGAAGUUUAUGGUCCACAAUUCCAAAGUUAUGCUGUCAAUUUAAAACAAUCGUAUAAGGUUUGGACUAGUAUGAUAAAGGACAGAGAGGAGCUAGCCUAUGCACGAUUAUCCUUCUCAUAAGACCAUGCUGUGCAACGAUUAUUUUCUCAAUAUGACCCAUCAAACAACUAUGGCAACUACGUUCUAAAACUUUGGCAACGCACAUAAGAGAAACUGAUCUGUAAUUUUGUAUUUUCAUCAGCUUCUUCUAAAACUAUAUUUAGUUGAAAUAUCAAUUGAAAAUGUUGGCAGCUUGCUUUUGUAUGUUGAAAUUUAACUUGCACGGGGAGUAUGUUGCUGUGGAAUACGACUGGAUUUGGUGGUUGGUUUUAAAAACGACCAGAAGAGUUUUAAUUUGGGUUUGAGGGCAGAAUUUCGCCUGUAAAACAAAAGAUAUUUUCACGACCUUUUUCAUUAACCUUUUCCAAGUUAGAAUUUGUGUGUUGGAUUUUUCGUCGCAGUGUUUUUUUUCCCUUUUUUUUAGUUAGCGAUAAAAUGUGACCAGUCGUGCAACCAGGUGCAUGGACCUUCCUUUGACCGUCUUUCCUGGAAUACAUUUAUCAGCUAUGGCAUAAAAAGUUUCUUUCGGCAAUAAAAUCUAGUUCAGUAUGGUUGAUGUCCAAUGUCAAGUUACCAUUAAUAAAUUCGAAUUCAAUCACUUUAAACGUUCGGUUCAUUUCUUGAAAAUCUGCACGGUUGUAAUUAUUGCAUACCGAUCUUCUGAGUUUUGGGGAAGCUGUUGAUUCUGAACAUUUUCUUUAAUAUAUAUACCUUUAAGUUUAAACGUGCAACAAUGGUGCAUGGUAUACAAUAUAAGAAUUUGCAAAGAAGAACUAGCCUCGACACACUGAGUGAUAUAAGACUCAAGUAGAAUUUAUAGAAAAAAGUUCUAGUUGCAAGGAUGAAGAACACCAUAAAGUUAUCCACUCAUUUUACGCACAAACGUUUUCGUUUUUGUUAAAGCUCCUCAGGUGCUAAAUGCAUGACAAUGAGUGCAUGGUCCUUAGUAUAUAAUAUAUACUAAAUAGCAAAACAAUUUGACUACCGCUAAAAAUUGAAGGUAUAAGAAGAGUUACAGUUCUCCCUUGACUUAGCAUAUUUUAUUUGUUUUGUGUUAUUUCCAACGUGGUUCUAAUUUUCGGUUUGAAUGCGUAGCCUGAAUUGUUGAAGGUUUGGGACCAUGGGUAUAACCUAGCCGAAAGUAUCAGUUGCUCAAACACGGGCCUCCAUGGCAAAAAUCAUUUGAAAAUCGUUUGACAUUUGUUGAUAUUGUGAAAAGUUUUACAUCAUACUCCAAAUAUACAUCACGGAAUGGGUGCAAUAUCAAUUCCAUGAAAUCAGUAAUAAUACAUUGGCCAUAUAUAUGUGAUGUGGGAGGGAAACCCGGCCCAAUUACAAAAGCUCCACGUAAUAUAUAAAAAAAACCCAAUAUAAAACGGAUAAUGUUAGUCGUCUUAAUUAAAUCCUUCACCAACAUAUGGCCUUGUUAAACAAGCUAAGAAUACAAACUAGAGAUAAAUUCUGAACAAUGUCAAUGCAUUUUCUGAUUUUUAGGAUAUAGCAGAAAAUGAAGGAGUAACAGUCAUGCCUGUUUUCAGAUUUUACAAACUCGGACAAAUGGUAAUAUGAACCGUGAAAUCACUGAUAUGUAUAGAUAGCCCACAGCUACACAGGGCUAGCUAGGCGGCUGCGCAUGCGCAUGAUAUCCGUCGUUUCCAUAUCACAUUAUCCCUGUUUGUUCCUAGAAAUAUCUUGUGAAUUUGCUCCUUAUAAUACUUAAUACCAACUGAAUACUUAACUUGGGUUAUGCUUUUCAAUGUUUAGAUCGACCAAGUGACUGGUGCUAAUAAAGAGCAGCUUCGUGAAAAACUAGAAAUGUACCAAUAACUGCGUAAAAUACUGUAUAAUAUAUCACUCUAACAUAAAAUAUACUUAUAUAGUAUAAUUAUUAUAUCAUUCUAACACGAAAUAUCUAUUAACCAUUAAUAUGUAUAAUAAAUGUA